AUGGCGGUCUCUCUUUGUCCACCCCCUCAGAGGUGGAAGCUCGACAAUGCCUUUCUAGAGGACCCAGAGGCCCUCGACAGUGUUGCAUCAAGCAGCAAAGAUGAACCGGGCCCACCAUGUUUUUGCUCAACGCCGAUACAAGUUGCUGAAGAAGACUCUGAGGAUAAUGGCUAUGAGGAGUUUAGGAGGCGGCUCGACAUAGAACUAACUGAGCCAGUGCCACGUCGUGAGCGUAAAAAAGUCAUGCGGACUAUUGUACUUGUUGCUGUUUAUGCUAUCCUUAAACACUGCCUUACGGAAAAGCUUUUUGAAGAUUUACAGUCAAAACAUGAGAGAUCCUUAGACCAGAGGGAAAACAAGCUGAAAAGAAAAAGUAAAGAGGCAGCUGAAAAGGAAAAUUCACCAGCAUCAGUGACUGAUGGAUGGAUGAAGCCCUGCCUGGGCAACUUUUCUGACAAUGCUGUAGUCAGAGCUACAAGGACACCUCCUCCAGAACUGCCAACCAACCAGGAAUCUGCUUUGAGACCUUUAACAACGCAAAACAGCACAAGAGUGCAGCUGAAGCAUCUGGGCGGUCCAAACCUCAUAUACGUCAAACCCAAGGACAAAACAAAAGAUUCUGGUAAAAAACAACCAUGCCACCACAACUCCAGUUCCUCAGCGGCCAUCACCACACCAAGCCCUGAGGAAACUGUGAGCGAAAAUACCCACAUUCACAAACCCAGAGCACGCACUCUAGGGGUUCUGAAUGUGCGCAAACCCGGAGCAUGCGCUCUAGGGGCUGCGUUUAAAAAAACAAGGACUAAAAGCUUCUGCGAUGCUGAGGUAUUGCAAUCACACAACCAGCACUCUAGUUCCUCAGCGGCCACCACCACACCAAGCCCUGAGGAAACUGUGAGCGAAAAUGCCCACAUUCACAAACCCGGAGCAUGCGCUCUAGGGGUUGUGAAUAAAAAACCAAGAACUGACAAACCAUUCUCCCAAAACCAUAAGCUCGUCACAGUUCCCCCAUAUUCUAGUAUUUGGGAAGAGUUUGAUGCUUCCCUCAGAAAAGUAAUGGAUGCUGUAUCCUCGGGGAGUCUAAAAGAAUGGGAUUCUAGAAAGAAAUGGGAAAAAAUAUGA